AUGGCUUGGAUUUGGGUGAUCGUUAUUGCAAUACUUGUUCUUGCUUUUCUCCUACACUCAUGGCCAUUCAAAGGCCACAAUUUGCCUCCUGGCCCAAAAGGGUUUCCCAUUUUCGGAAGCCUUCAUUUGAUAGGAAAGCUUCCUCAUAGAGACCUUCAUUCUUUAUCUCGGAAGUAUGGACCCAUAAUGCACAUGCGAUUAGGCCUCGUACACACCAUCAUAGUCUCAUCUCCUCGCGCAGCGGAGCUCUUCCUCAAAACCCACGACCAAAUGUUUGCAAGCCGCCCCCUAAUUCAAACUUCCAAAAUUAUUUCAUAUGGUCAAAAAGAUUUGGUAUUUGUCCCAUAUGGUUCUUAUUGGCGAAAAAUCCGCAAAAUGUGCACACUAGAAUUGUUCAGCCCUCUCAAAAUCAACUUAUUUAAAUCCACCAGGGCGGAGGUUCGAGAGUUGAUUGAGUAUCUUAAAACGGCUUCGAAGGAUGGUGUGGCUGUGGGUUUGAGUUCUAAAGUGUCAUCUUUGAUUGCUGACAUGACUUGUUUGAUGGUGUUUGGGAAGAAAUAUAGAGAUGAGGAAUUUGGUGAGAGGGGGUUUAAGGCUGUGAUACAAGAAUCGAUGCAGUUAGCAAUUGCUCCUAAUUUGGCGGAUUAUAUUCCAUUUUUUGCUUCAUUUAAUAUUCAUAUUGCUUCUUAA